AUGUCUGACAGUGCUAAAUUCAAAGACACUUUCCACAAGAAGUAUCUUUAGGAGGAAAUGGUAACCAAGCGUUUUCUCAAGUCAAUUGCUUAUGAAGUGCAGCUGAAUUAGAUUGUGGAUCCUAAACUCAAGGAACACUACGGGGGCAAUUUUAUGCUGUAAAUAUAUGAUAAAACUUGUGAAAAUAUUUUUGAGCGCAUACUUUAAUACGAUAUUGUGUGUUGGAACAUAUUUUAUGAUUACUUUUUCUUCAAACUCGACCCUAGGGAAAAAGAUUCUGACUGGAUAUACAUAGUCUACUUCAAACAAGAAUAUGGUGUUGUAAAAAUAAAAGAUAUCUCCAUCGAUGAUUCCUCAUUCAAAAAUAUGGGAAUCCAGAAGUAAUUUUUCUAUUAUGCCAACGCGAAGGAAAUCAAGAUUAUUGAAUUGAAAGUUACACCACCAAAAGGAGGGUAGAUAGAAUAUUCUCCUUAGACAUAAUAAUACGCUACUUAUGUUAUAAAUUAACCCUGCAAGAUACUCAAUAUUUUUGAGAAUUCCUUCUCCAGAGAUGGAGACUAUUUGAUGAUGGGGAUUGAGACAGAUGAUAAUUAGAUAGACUUCACCAGACUUUACUUCUGGAGCAAAGAUCUGACCAAAUUAGAUGUUGAAUUCUACUAAUACAGAGAAGUUGUAAAAAGGAAUGAUGUAAGGGAUGACCCAAUCAUAAAAUUUAAGCAUGUGAUAUAAAAAAAUGAGAUUUAAUUUGGAAUAGCUCUUAGAUAGUCUGGUUCAGUUGACCUCUAUUGGAACUUUACACUUACUAACUCGCCAGAAGAGAGAUUUCAAGAUAUUGAGAUUAAUUUCAAGGCACUAUUUAUAAAAAGAUUCACAAGUGAGAGAGAUAAGGAUGGUAACGAUCUUGGUAAGAUGCUCUCUAUCAGUCUUGAGCACGAACAGAGAUUGGGAAUUGAUGUCUCAGAAGUGGUGAAUUUCAGAGUCAGCAAGUGGAAAGAAAUAUUCUAUGACAUAAUUAGAUAUCAAGUGAAGAUUUUCACAAAAAUUAACCUAGUUAAUACUAGUUUUUUCGUAGCUUACAACAAAGUCGUAUCGAUCUUUGACAUAGUAAAAAAAGAAUGGAAGAUACAUUUCUUCUUUCCUUCAGAUGUUAUUGAGCUGCUGAGAAAUUAGAAAAAGACAAAACAUAAUGAGCUCAACGUUGGUGCCUAUCUAGAAAAUGGAGAUAUAAGAAUGAUAGAUCCUGCUGAUGCUUCCUCAGAAACAUGGGUACUUUCAGAUAAGAUUCACAAGAUUGAAGGAAAACUUGAAAUGAUAGUUUCAGAUUGGAGAGAUAUGGCUUCUCAUUAUAUACUGACCAGGAUAUCUUAAGGCAAGACUAAGAUAACAGGGUUUCAAAAAGAUUAGGUAAUCGAUCUUAACGGGGCAACCUAAUUCAAAGAGGGAGAUGAGCUUAUUAGAUUUAUUUCUACUGAUUUACAAGAAGAUUUUGUGAUUCUGAGCAAAUCUGAGAAGAUUAUUAAAACUUUCACAAAUUAAGCUUAAGAUAAGGAUGGGUAAAUGAAUGUGUAACUGAAAAGAAGGUUUAAGUUUAAUGAGCCAGAGAAAGUAAAUGAGAAACUUCAUACUAUGGUUGCCACCAAGAAUGAGGAGCAGGUGCUCUUGAUUGGAGACAAAGAUUUAUUCAAGCUCAGAGUUGAGAAUGGCACUAUUACUAUUCUCAAAGAUAUGAUGAUUUAAAGCCUCUAAGUUAUUGAUGAUGAGUAUGUUUACUCAUUAUCGAAUGAGUCUGAAAUUCAGAAGAGCUCUGGGUUUUACAUUCAGAAUGCAAAUCAGUUCUUGGAAAAACAAGGAAAGGAUGCAAGUAACUUCAAGCUCAAAGGAGCAAUAGUAGGGUGUAAUGAUUUACUAGAUUACUAUAAAGAAGAUUAGAGGAUAGCAUAUAUGUCUAAUUAUGACUCUAUAAAGAUUGUGCCAGUUCUACAUAGAUGUGCUAUAGGUUUUAUUGGAAUGAGAGAGAGAAAGAAGUACUUAGCUUUCAAAAAGUAAAAGGACAAGCUGAUUGCACUUGAUAAAAAAGGUACUCUUACAACCUGGAGUAUUCAGACAGGCAAAAUUCUUGAGCAUAAUACACUUCACAAGUCAGCAGAUAAUAGCAGUUACUCUAUAUUUGCAUGGGAAAAGAAUGAUAUCACUUAUAAAGCGUCAUGGUAUCAGCCCAGAGUUCUCCUUGUUGACCAUAAUCAUCCUGUUGAUAUUAACUAAGCAGAAUAUUUUGGAGACAGAUUGACAUGUUCACUGUAGAAUAACGUUUCUUACGUAAAGAUAGAAGAAAAAAAGUUUCUUCGAUAUAAAGUUAUAGAAAUUAUUAAUAGUUAAGAAAUAGAAGAGCAUUUUUCAUUUGUUCACCCUAAUUAUGGGGAAGGCAGGUACUAAAGAAUGUUCUUUAGUGAUGAUUUGCAAUUCAUGCUUGAAAGAAUACAAAAUCAAAGAGUUUUCUUUUAUAAGAGAGAGGAAACUCUGAUUCCGGGAGAGAUUAGAUGGGUCUUGAUAAGAAGAUUAAAAUAAUUCCCUUAAGAUUUGUCUGAAUGCACAAAUGCUAAUUUUCUAUUUUCUCCAAAUCUUUAAUACUAUCUAGACUAUGAUAAGGAUGAUAAUAUGUUCGUCAUUAAGACAACUUUCGAUUAAUAAAACCACAGAUUAAUACCCUAGGGUCUUAUGAACCCUUCAAAAGAGAAAGUUAAGCUCAUAGCAAAAAAAUUCAAAUGGGUUGAUAACUCCAAGAUCAGAAUCAUGAAUAUUGAGGGAUUUGAAAAGACAGUUGACAUUAAUGAUAAUUUUAAGGAAAUAUCUUACUGUUCAGUUCCUAUGGUAGACGCUCAUUACUUAAAAGACGAAAAUAUGCCAGGUCAUUUUUAUUACGAUGUCAGUAUCACUGAAGAACAUAAGACCAAGGAAAGGUUACAAAGGAAAUUUCAGGAAUACUAUGAAGCUUAUUAUUCAGACAAUUUAAGAUCACCUUUUGAUUUGUAUGAAGUACUAUUUAAAGUUGAUUAUAACAUCGAUAACUGCAAUGGCAAACUUGUAGCUGACCUUAGUUUUUCAUACUUUCACUGGAAACUGGCUGAGAUGAUGAGAGAUCAACCGAAGUUUAACAUAAAACGUUACCAAGCCAAAGAUCUUGAGCUCCUAGCACUGAAUAUAUUCCCAUAUGGUAACACUGUACUUCAUUAUGCACAUAAGCAGCUCUAUAUUAUUAGAAGAUUUUAUAAGGUGAUGGAAUAGGAAUAUAAGCGAAAACUAGAGUCAGCAGAGGACCAUGAAUCUGUAAUGCCUUUCUAAAUUCCUUUUGUGAGAAACUUUGAAGGUAAAACAGCCAUUCACAUGUGCCUUUAAAAUCAAAACUUUAAAUCGGCAGAUAUAAUUCUACAGAAGCUGUGUAACAGUCCUAUUGAUAGUCAUAGUAGAUAAAUAUCUGAUAUUCUUCCAGACUUGGUAGAGGCAGAGCUACCUAUUCUAGGAGUCUACUUAGAUAGUAGAAUAAAAUAGACAGACUAAUUGAAAGAUUUUAGAAGAGGAGCAAUAAAAUAUCAAAAUGGACUAGAUUAUGCUGUUAACACUGUUGAACUGUGGCCAGACUCUGAUCAUAUUUAAAAGAAGUUCUUUAUGCAAUCAAACAUUGAUUCUGAAGUCGUCUUAGAGUUAUUGGACGUUCCAUCUGUUCAUUGCUAUCAAGAAAAAGUAAGUGAGCAGUUCUUUGAAGCAUUAGCAGACUGUAAGAAAAUAGAUAUCUUCAAGCAUAAAAGUAUACAAGCAAUCAUAGACCACAAAUGGCCUUUAGCAAAGGAAUAGACCAUUAAAUUGCUAUUUCUUCCAUUUCUAUUUUACCACUUGCUAUUUAUCAUCUACUCUAAUGUAUUCAAUGGCUAAACUGAAUAGACUGAUAGUGCGCUUGUAGGAGACAGAGUAAUAUCUGCAUUCCUGUACUUAAUGAGCAUAUAUUUUCUACAAAAUGAAAUCAGGCAAAUUUACAUGUCAGGUUUAGACUACCUUUCCUCAAUUUGGAACUAUGCUGACAUUAUUCCUCCUAUCUUUAUUAUAGUCAUAGUCUCUAUACAUCUAAAACUAUAACAAGGUAACUUUAGUAUUAUUAAUUUUGAUACAGUUGAUGAUGUGCCUGAAGAUGAUGGACAUGUAUCUAUUAGUCACAAAGGAGGUGUGGAUUUGGCAGCUCUGGCAUGUAUACAUGCAAUCGCAAGUCUUUUAAUGUGGGCUAAACUGCUCUAUUUCUUGAGAAUAUUUAAACAAACAGGUUAUUUGAUAAGAAUGCUGACUGAAGUUAUCUCCAGUAUGAGAGUAUUCUUAGUAGUAUUGUGCAUUGUUAUGAUUGCAUUCGGAGAAGCAUUCUUAAGAUUCUCAGAGAUGAGUGGCGAGGAUAGUUUUAUACUUAACUAUGCUGAUGCUUUCGUUUAUACCUUGAGGCUUGCUAUUGGAGAUACUUAAACUGACACUUUUAAUAAUACAGUUUAACCUACACUGCUAUGGAUUCUAUUUUCUAUAUGUUUAAUUUUAACUAAUGUGGUCAUGCUCAAUCUUUUGAUUGCUAUUAUCUCUGAGGCAUUUGAGAUCAUCAACUAAAACUCAGAGCAAGCUAACUACCAAGAAAGGGCAAGAAUUAUUGCUGAAAAUAGUUACUUAAUACCUAAAUGGAAAAAGAAGAGUUUCGGAGGAAAGAAUCAGUAUCUAGUAAUGGCAAGAGAACUUUAAGAUCAAGAAAUACAGGAUCCUUAGGUAGAAAUAUAGAAUAAACUUUUAGAAGUCAGUGAUGAUCUUCAUAAAUUGAAAAAAGAAUAACAAACUCAAAACGAGGAAGUUAUUAAUACGCUAAAGGAAAUUAGAUCAAGACUUCCAGCUGUAGUAUAGGCUGCCAAAUGA